AUGGACGAAUUUGAAAGUGCCGACAACUUGACGCCGGAUCAAAUCAUUGCAGAGCUUGACAAGAAACUCAAAGGAUGGAAUACCAUGCCUGUAAAUAUUGCGGUCGUAGGAAACUCCGGAGUGGGAAAAUCCUCAUUUGUCAACGCUUUCCUUGGUCUUAAACCAAACGAUACGAGAGCUGCUAAAGUCGACGUUGUUGAAUGUACGAAAAGAAAAUAUCCUUACCCUCAUCCAAAUAACGAUAAACUUAUUAUCUGGGACGUUCCUGGCAUUGGUAGUCAAGACUUCCCAGCGGAAACAUACUUUGAAGACAUUGAAAUGAAAAAAUACGACUUUUUCAUCAUAAUGUCAUCUCAACGCUUUACAGAAAAUGAUGUUAAGCUGGCAAAAAUGAUUAAAAAGAUGGAAAAGGAUUUUUUCUUUGUUAGGGCCCAAGUUGAUCUCGAUAUGUUAAGACAGGGAUAUGGUGAACAAUGUUCUGAAGAUGUUAAACAAUCAGUUCUUCGGUCACUAAGAGAGGACAUCGACUCGAGGCUCAAAUCACUUGGAAUGAAUGAUCAAAAGUUUUUCCUGGUUAACAAUAAAAAUGUGGAAACAUAUGAAUUCGGUGAUUUGUUUGAUGCAAUGCAAUCUGGACUUGACGAGAUGAAAAAAACUGCGGUGGCGUUUUCUUGUACACACUUGACAUCUAAGUCUCUGAUUGAAAAAAGGGUUCAAUAUCUAAACGACAGAAUACCACUUAUUGCGACAAAGUAUGGUCUGGUUUUAUUAAAGUCAUCCCGCAAGAAGGUGAUAGAUGAUGAAGUAUGUAUGUACAGAAGGCAGCUGGGGCUUGACAUCCGACAGAAAUAUAUGAUUACAGCGGGAAAGGAAGUCAACUUGGUUAGAAGAACUGUCAGACAUAUCAGCGGCACAGUUCAAGUACAGAGUAUUGCCUUUAUAUACAAGCUGUGUGCUCCAUUGAAAUCAACUGAAAAGUACGAAGAAGCAAAAGAUCGACUUGAAAAAGAAUUAAAUAGAGUACGUUACGAAGCAAUGGAGAACACGAGAAAGUUAUAUACCUUGGCCGCGGCAAAGUCGUAA